AUGGGAAGUACAAGAAAAUGUGAAUGGAAGUACAGGAAAAUGUUUGGUGCGAGUUCAAAGUUUAAACGAAAGGCACAAGCCAAUACGGUGGGCCCGGGCGGCCAUCCCUGUGGGCCCCGGGGUAAGGAGAAGAGGUCGCGGAGGCUGCGGGCGGCGGCGCGGCGGCGGAGGUCGUCGGAGAUCGUGCGCGGCUGCGUCAAGACCGUGGCGUGCGGCCGCGGCAACCUCUUCUCCAAGGUGGCCUACCUCCUCGGCCUCCGCGUGUCCCCCGGCCACCGGCGGCGUGGCAUCGGCCGCCGCCUCGUCGAGCGGAUGGAGGAGUGGUUCCGGCAAGCGGGCGCCGAGUACGCCUACGUCGCCACCGACCGCGACAACGAGCCCUCGGUGCGCCUCUUCACCGGCCGCUGCGGCUACGCCAAGUUCCGCGCCCCCUCCGUGCUGGUGCACCCUGUGUUCCGCCACGACCUCGCGCCGUCGCCGCCGCGUUCCCGCCGCCGGGUCGCCGUCCUCGAGCUCCCGCCGCGCGACGCUGAGCUCCUCUACCGCGCGCGCUUCGCCGGUGUCGAGUUCUUCCCGCGCGACAUCGACGCCGUCCUCUCCAACCCCCUCUCGCUCGGCACCUUCCUCGCAGUCCCCGGCGGUACAGCGUGGCGCGGCGUGGAGGCGUUCCUGGCCACGCCGCCGGAGUCGUGGGCGGUGGUGAGCGUGUGGAACUGCAAGGACGCGUUCCGCCUCGAGGUGCGCGGCGCGCCGAGGCUGUGGCGCGCCGCGGCGCGCGCCACGCGCGCCGCCGACCGCGCGCUCUCGCCGUGGCUGCUCCGCGUCCCGUCGGUGCCCAACCUCUUCGAGCCGUUCGGGAUGCACUUCCUCUACGGCCUCGGCGGCGCCGGCGCCGACGCGCCGCGGAUGGGGCGCGCGCUGUGCCGGCACGCGCACAACGUGGCGCGCGCCGCCGGGGCGCGCGUCGUCGCCACCGAGGUCGGCGCGCGAGACCCGCUCCGCGCCGGCGUGCCGCACUGGCCGAGGCUCGGCGCCGAGGACCUCUGGUGCAUCAAGAGGCUCGCCGACGGGUACGGCGAUGGCGCGCUCGGCGACUGGACCAAGGCGCCGCCCGGCGACUCCAUCUUCGUGGACCCGAGGGAGUUCUAGGCGUUUCAGCUUCGCUGGAAAUCAGUUUUUAAGUUAGUUUUUGCCGUCGAUCUCGGAUCCGAUGGCCGAGAGCGUUUCGUCUUGUUUUUUUGGAGGACCUGUCCAUGGUUUCAUCUUCUUUUUUCUUCCAUUUUCUCAUCAGGGUGUAAUGAUGACGUAGACAAAAUGAGUUUUUUUAGCUUUAAUUAAGUAUGAUUAGUGGACAGGAAAAAACUUAUUGUUUUUUUAUGUAACUUGUGCCCUGCCUCAAUCUGCAACCGUUGUGUCCA